GGCUCAUGCGUGGAGUACUUGCAGCGCUCCCCACGCCGCACAGACCGCACCUGUGCAACCGCAGGCCGUGCAACAUUGGUGCAGCCUCCUUGUGAACACAUCCCUGCGCUGCGACACGCCACCGUUGCACCCACGUGCUGCCUAACCACCUGAGUGCCGCUGUGCAACUUGUGCUCGGGGACGCCGUCGCCGCACCCGUAGGCCCGCGACACACGCCAACAGCCUAGAUCACCAUGGCCUGGCAAGCCUGCUACGCCCUAAUAACAACAGCACUCAUCACGGAGUCGACGCGGCCGCGCCACACACCUUCUCUGGGCUUCAAGCACAACAUCGUGAGGCGGCCUCUGAGACCAUUAACGGCGACGACGCUAACGACAGCACCGUCGUCAACGACCGAAAUUUUAGUUGAUGAUUCAGCCUUCAAGCGACCAGCAGUCGAUUCGAGACAGUACCGCCUCUUAAAACUCGCGAACGGCCUAGAAGUAGCUCUGGUAAGCGAUAGAGACGCCGACGAGGCCGGCGCCGCCCUCUCCGUCAAAGCAGGAUCGUUUGAUGACACUUUACUAGGCUUAGCGCAUUUCCACGAGCACAUGUUAUUUCUGGGAACGCAGAAGUAUCCCCAGGAGGACGAGUACGAAAAGUACUUAUCGAGUAACGGUGGUGGUUGCAACGCCUGGACGUCGGACGACACGACGUGCUACUAUUUCAACGUGAAUGCCGCGUCGCUGGAGGGUGCGCUCGACCGGUUGGCGCAGUUUUUUGUCGCGCCUACCCUCGAAAAAGACGCUGUGGAGAGAGAAGUGAAGGCCGUGGACAGUGAAUAUCGGAUGGCCUUGCAGGACGAUAGUUGGAGGUUGCAUAGCGUGCUCAAGGCUACCGCCAAGCAAGAUCAUCCCUUCUCGCGUUUUUCGACUGGUAGUGAGCAGACUCUACUGGAGAAGGCCGGGGGCGUCGACGGCUUACACUCUGAGUUAAAAAAGUGGAACCGCGCGUAUUACAACAGCGCGAACAUGCGGCUCGCUGUGGUCGGUCGCGAGUCGCUGGAGGAAUUGGAGCAGCUCGUAACAGCUGAUGGUAGGUUCGGUGCUAUCCCGUCCGGCGACUUGCCUUCGCGGGAGUUGGGACCGGCCUGGACGUCCGACGAGACUCAGACAAGAGUGCGGGUCUCGCCCGUCCGCGAUUUGCGGUCGCUGCAAUUGUUGUUCCCCUUGCCGCCUCGCAAAGCAUUACGAGAGAGUGACGGCGACAUCAAGCCCAAUCCUGAGGUAUUAGUGUCGCAUUUGUUAGGACACGAGGGGCGGGAUACCUUACAUUCCUUACUACGAGAUAAAGGAUGGGUCGACUCGCUGACGUGUGGCGCGGCGGUGGCCAACGACGGCGGGCAGUUGUUUGAGCUAGCCGUCGAUUUGACGGAUGCUGGUGAUGAGCACUGCGAGGAGGUCCUUGACUUAUUAUGGAGCUGGGUCGGUGUGGUGCGACGAGCCUCUUCGCAGGAACUAGAAACGGCCAAUCAAGAACUCCGAGAUUUGGGAGACGUCAAGUUCGACUUUUCGGAACGGUCAAGUGCGGCGACCAUGGCGUCGGACGUGGCGGACGCUUUAUGGGAGCACCCCUCGCAGCCCGUGGCGGGUCCGGCGUUAGUUGGACCGUACUCUGAUGACGCGACGCGGGUUGUCUUAGAUGCGUUAGUACCCGAGAACUGCGUCGUCUUUGACGUGCGAUCGUCGCACGAUGAUAGUGAGUUAGUUUCCAGGGAACGGUGGCACGGGGCCUCCUACGACGAAGCUUCAUUGGAAGAUAACGAGGUGAAACGGUGGUCUGAGAAAAUGGAGGCUACCGAUAGCUCUUUGAAACUACCUCUACCUAAUAAAUUUGCGGCGAAGGCGUCUCCUCUGUUGCCUGCUGGCAAGGGUAUUGUUCGAUUAUCAAAUACUCCAGAAGCGACGACGCUGUGGAAGCGUUCGGACUAUGCAAGAGCGCCGGAGAGUGUGCCCCGUGUCCCGAAGACGGCGUCUAUAGCAUUAUUUAGGUUCAAGGAGCCGUCGACCGCGGUCGAAUUAGCAAGGGAUAGAGCUUUUUGCGGCGCGUUGAUGCAGUCGCUGAACCACGACGCCUACGACGCGCAUCUGGCAGGACUCUCGUUCACCGUGGAAGCUGCUCGUAGAGGUCUGGAAGUGCGCGUCUCGGGCUUCGACGCGCGAGCUUCCGAAGCGUUUCAGUUGGUCGCGGAGCGCUUGACCCAAGCCUUAUCCGGCAAAAAAUGCGGGUUUGAGGAUGAAGCGGCGGGGACGCGGGCUUUUCUAGCGGACGCCGAGGACCUUGCGAGAAGGUGCGCCGACUCGAUUCGGGAUGACCCCAUACGCCUCGCGGGCGGCUGGGCUAGAAGAGCUGUCGAUUCGGACUCGGAUGUCGUGGAUGUCGACUCUGUUGGUGAAGCAUCAGGUAAGUUGAGUGAGGAGGACGUCGCCGCGGCCGCGUCCGACCUGUCGCGAAGAUUGUCCAGUGCUCACCUCGAGAUUUACGUGGCCGGCAACGUUGAUACGGAGUGGGCGUUGAGCUUCGCGGAGAAAGCACGUAAUAUCGCGCCCCCAUCAGAGGACGCGUCCCGUCCUCAGCCGGAAACGGCUCUGAAACUGCCGGUGGGCGACACCGUACUCGAGCUACGGGCAUUGUCAGAAGAUUCCGAGCGGAAGCAGACGCUGUUUGCCGGGGAUGGGGAUGCGCCGCCCUCGUCCGAGGGCGAUCCGAACUGCGCCGUGGAGAUGGUCUUCCAAGUCGGCCGCGCGGGCGACGAUGAAAACGCUGCAGAAAAUGGCUGGUCGUCGGCCAACGCGAGGGACGGCGCCGCUACUCUGUUAGGUCGUAUAGCACAAUCAUCAGCGUUUGAUAGAUUGCGGACGAAGGAACAACUGGGCUAUCUCGUCGACGCGGGUCUCGACGUCAUCGAGGGUGCCGUCAGUCUGCGGUGCGGCGUGCAAUCCGCCACAGGGCUCGACCCGAAGGGUUUGGAGGAGCGUAUUGAAUCUUGGACUGUAGCAUUGAGGGAGGAGAUCUCAAAUAUGUCUGACGAGGAGGUGGCUUCACAAGCGCAGGGCCUCGCGACGGAGCUGCUGCAGCGGCCCGGCGCGUUGCGGGAUGUCGUCAGCAGGGACUGGCACGAGGUCUCUACCGGUCGAAGGCGCUUCUCGCACGUCGAGACGCGGGCGGCUUCUUUGUUGGAAGUUUCCAAGCAGGACCUGCUGAAGCUGGUCGACGACCAUCUUCUCUCGGAUAAAAGACGAGUGUUAAGGACGCGGGUCUACGCGGCGGGCGACGACCGCGACGGCACGUGCGAUCCUGAUGGAUGGACGGUACUCCGGACGCGGGCGGAGUUAAGGAAAUGGAAGGACCGGGCGGACUACUGGCCGCCCGCGGUGCGCUGGGACGAGGGGGGCGUCGGGGCGCCGGCGGACUAAGUUGAUGUUGUCUAGAA